CAUCCGCCACACACUUUUUUUUCUCUCUCCGCGUACUUGGGGGAAAUAUACAGCGGGGGCAAGUGAUCGGACUGGAUAUGUGCUGCGAUUUCGAACGAUGGAUCCAAUUCUGCUUCUUCGCCUGUGGCGCUGAUCCUCCACUUCUGCCUGCACACUUCUGAGCCCUUCUCCGGAGCCGUCUGCUCGUCCUGUAUUCUGGGGAGCCGUCGAGUCCUCUGAUCCCAGUUUGGAUGUUUAUUGAUGACUAUUUUUGAAUCCCUCGUCCAAAUGACUGAGCUCGGGUGCAGCCGGAGACGUGGCUCCCCACUCGGGAAGACUUACGGCUAAAGUUUGAAGGGUGCGGGGGUUGCUUUGGGCUGUCCGUCUCCCACAGUGCACCGGAUUUUGCAAUUACCCAGAAAUUGCAAUAAACAGCGGAUAUCCUAUCUGUCUCCGCGCACGCACGGAUUCAUUCGACUUGGAUUUAUACAGCUUCUGGAUUUCAGCCCCGUCUAAAUCAUGAAGACCGUUAUUAUUGAUGGGGGGCGACUCCUGUUUCUGGUGAUGUGGCUGAACCUUGUGCCUCAAACUGACAGCUGCCCUGCCAAGUGUGUGUGCUACAGUGAGCCCAGGCCCACUGUGGCCUGCCAACAACAAGGACUGUUUUCCAUCCCUACUGAGAUCCCUGUGCGGAGCCAGCGGAUAUUCCUCCAGGCCAACAAGCUCACGGUGGUGAGGUCCACCAGCUUCAGCUCUUGCCACAAUCUCACUGUUCUCUGGCUCUACUCAAACAACAUUAGCUACAUUGAAGCUGGAGCCUUCUAUGGCUUGGAAAAACUGGAGGAACUGGACAUUGGAGACAACAGCAACCUCCGCACCAUCAGCCCUACAGCCUUCCGGGGCUUAACUAAGCUGCACACCCUCCACCUGCACAGGUGCGGUCUGUCAGAGCUCCCAAUUGGGGUUUUCCGAGGAAUGUUCUCCCUACAGUACCUUUACCUGCAGGACAAUAACAUACUCACCCUGCAUGACGACACUUUUCUGGACCUUGCCAACCUCACCUAUCUCUACCUUCACAAUAACAAGAUCAAGAUAGUAACGGACAACAUGUUUCGAGGCUUAAUCAGUCUGGACCGGCUACUGCUACACGAGAACCGGGUUAUCUAUGUCCAACCCAGGGCUUUUAGUGAUCUUGGUAAGCUGAAAUCCCUGUUCUUGUUCUUCAACAAUCUUACUGUGUUGUCAGGGGAGACCAUGGACCCGCUGGUGUCCCUCCAGUAUUUACGUUUAAAUGGUAACCAGUGGAUCUGUGACUGCCGGGCGAGGACCUUGUGGGACUGGUUCAAACGUUUCAAAGGUUCCAGCUCUGAAUUGGAGUGCAAUGUUCCUGAUUUCCUGGCAGGAAAGGACCUGAAACGUCUUAAGAGCGAAGACUUGGAGGGAUGUGUCGAAACACCUCAAAUCCAGACCAAUCUCUUCAGUUCCAAGGCACAGUCUGGGAAAUUCCCUUCCACCGAAAAUCCCUUGGGGGACACCAUCCCUAGGUGUUGCCUUGGAGAUAACGAUAAGUCCUCUAUCCUGUCUGGCAAGAGCCGCCAAAUCACUAACAACCCCCUUAAAGAAAAGGAGAACAUGUCCAAGACUAAAUUUAAGGAGCCGGAACGAACAAAAAACGAGACCCAGAACAAGCAAAAUGAUGGACCACUGGGAACCUUGUCCAACACCCUGGACAAGUCUUUGGAAAAUCUAAACCCUGACCUCAUAGACAAUCUGGAAUCAUCUACAGCGUCAAACAAAAAGAAAAAGAAGUGUUCCAAAAAGCCCAAAUCAGACGCCCACUGCAUCAAAGGCCGGGGUUCUACUUUGCGAGUGCUUCGCUCUCUCUUCAUUCCCAUGAUCUGGAUAUCUCUAGCCAUGUCUUAGGACUCCUGAUCUCACUCUGAAUACAGGACUCAAGAUUGCUGAUGCUCAUGACAAUGAUACAGAAGAUGCAGUGACAUCUACAACAGGCAGUGACUGAAAAGCGAGGAGUCUCACUGACCCAUCGAGGGUGAGGACAAACAAUAAUGAAGACGUUAGAGUACUUUUAUCAAAAUGGAUGCCUUUACAGAACACUACAGAUUUAAUGUAUAUAAUGAAUUGGUGCCCAAAAUUGUUUGUUCUCUAUGUACUUAACUGUACUCUGUCUAAGCUACACUUCUGAGAUUCCUCCCAUUUUCCCUCCCAAAGCUUUUACUGCUUAGACAGACCACCAGAAGACUAAAAAAAAAAGAAAAGACAAAAACAAAAAAACAAAUAUAGGAAAUCAGAGACAGAACGCACACAAAGAAUGUUGGGUCCGUUUAAUGAGGAUAAACGAUCUCCCCCUAUUAUUUAUUCAAAGUGAUGCAUUUGUUGGGUAAUGUUAUGUUUUUUUUAUGUUUAUAAAAACAAAUGUUUUAUCUCCCCCAGUUUCAGUUCUAUUUUCAUGACAGAAAGGGUAUAUGGGUAGCAUUUACCAAAAAGAAUGCUGUCGGUUUGUUUAUGAAAAUUGC